UGCGCGGCGGCGUAGCUUGCAAACCCGGCUUGCAAGUGAGGAUGGCGGCGCUUGCGGCGACUGCGGGCGGGCUUUUGAGGUUGCGUGCGGCCGGGGCAGAAGGACAGUGGCGUCGGCUUCGAGGCGCGGGGCUGCUGCGGGGCUUGCUGCAGCCCGACUCGGCAACUGGGGUUGCAGCGCAGAGGAGGCUUGUGGCUCACUUCACUUUCCAGCCCGACCCGGAGCCCCAGGAGUAUGGGCAAACUCAGAAAAUGAAUCUUUUCCAGGCGAUAACAAGUGCCUUGGAUAACUCAUUGGCUAAAGAUCCUACUGCAGUGAUAUUUGGUGAAGAUGUUGCCUUUGGUGGAGUCUUUAGAUGUACUGUUGGCUUGCGAGACAAAUAUGGAAAAGAUAGAGUUUUCAACACGCCAUUGUGCGAACAAGGAAUUGUUGGGUUUGGAAUUGGGAUUGCAGUCACUGGGGCUACUGCCAUUGCAGAAAUUCAGUUUGCAGAUUAUAUUUUCCCCGCUUUCGAUCAGAUUGUUAAUGAAGCGGCCAAGUAUCGCUAUCGCUCUGGGGAUCUUUUCAAUUGUGGAAGCCUCACCAUCCGGGCCCCUUGGGGCUGUGUUGGCCAUGGAGCUCUUUAUCAUUCUCAGAGUCCUGAAGCUUUUUUUGCUCACUGCCCAGGAAUCAAGGUGGUUGUACCCAGAAGCCCUUUCCAGGCCAAGGGACUUCUUUUGUCAUGCAUAGAGGAUAAAAAUCCUUGUAUAUUUUUUGAACCUAAAAUACUUUACAGGGCAGCAGUUGAACAGGUUCCUGUAGAACCAUACAACGUUCCUCUGUCCCAGGCCGAAGUCAUUCAGGAAGGGAGUGACAUUACUCUGGUCGCCUGGGGCACUCAGGUUCAUGUGAUCCGAGAGGUGGCUGCCAUGGCUCAAGAGAAGCUUGGAGUGUCUUGUGAAGUCAUUGAUCUGAGGACUAUACUACCUUGGGAUGUGGAUACAGUUUGCAAGUCUGUGAUCAAAACAGGGCGAUUGCUUAUCAGUCAUGAGGCUCCGUUGACAGGCGGCUUUGCGUCGGAGAUCAGCUCCACAGUUCAGAUUAGGAAACUGAGGCUCAGGCAGGGUAAUUAAUCUGCCUGUGGCUGGAUAGCAGGCAAGUAAAGGAACUAGAAACUGAACCGCAUCUGUCUCCAGGCGCCAUCUGCUCUCUGGACUCUGUGUGUCGUGAACACGGCAGUAAUGAAUCCCGGCAAACCAAGUAGAAAACUCACAGAGCAUGUGGAACUGGAGCCCCUCUGUGUGGGGUGUCACUCAGAGCUGUCUGAUGAUCAUGUUGUUUCCUCUUAUUUAAUCCAAAAUGUGAUUAUUUUUUUGUUUUGUAUUCUCAAAACCCAUUUUUUCUAUAUGUAAAUGAAAUCCAUUUAAAUUAAGCAGAAGGUUGUUAACGAAAGAAGUCGAAUAUUAAGAAAACUUUUGUUUAGCCAUGAAGAUGAAAGUGCCCCCCCAUCCACCCUGCCUGCAUGGACACGAACAUUUCAGCAAUUAAACAUUAAUUCUUAUAAAGGAGGAAUAAUAACACUUGAAAAAAUAGAUUUUGUUUUGUUUUCUUCUAGGAAUCCCACCCUAAAAAAUGGCCUUUGUGUCCCUCUCUUCCUCUCUCCCUUUCUCUCUCUCCCUUUCUCUCUCUCUCUCUCCCUCUCUCUCUCUCUGUGUGUAUGUGUGUGUGUGUGUGUGUGUGUGUCUAGGAAAAGUAGGCUUUUUAAUAUAAUGGCUAUUUCCCUAUUUUUUCUGGCAAGUAGAACGUAUAGAAAAGAUUGUUUCUGUUUGUAGAAUGCAAAAUAUUUUCAGGCAUAUUAACAAAUAAUGAAAGGUAAAAUAGAAUACAUUUUUGUAGGGAUUCCUUUACAGUCUGAUUCAGCUUACAAUACUUAAAUGUUUACAUUAGGAGAUGAAUUAAUAGUGGUGAUUCAUCUCAAAAAUAUACAGAUGAAGCUCAUGUUAAAACUCUAGGAGUAAAGUAUCUCUUUGCAUGUACUGCAAUAUAUUUCAUAUUAAAUAUAUAAUUAAACUGUUAUACUAAAGUAUUUUUGAGAACAGAUCCUAGAUUUUUCUUUUUUUUUCUUUUUUUUUUUGAUCCUAGAUUUUUCGUGCAAGUUUUGUGAAUGAUCUCUUGUGAGUGCCAAAAGCUUAAAUACACCUUUUUAUUUUGCACAAUGUUGAGUUCUAUAAUCAUGAUAUAAUCAGCAUGAACAACCGUGUUGGUUGCUUGAAAUGCUGACUUUUCUGGCAAAACCAUGUGCUGUCAAGUAGGUGAUAGAGCAUUCAUUAAUACAGCUAGCACAGUGUUUGUUAUCGGUCGUUGUAUACCAGGGGAGUUUGAAUUUUCGGACGAGUCAGACUUUGAAAACAACCAGUUCUGUCACUCAUUGAGCUUUUAUUUUUGUUUAGCUCUAAACUGUAUUUUGGAUUUGUUAUUUUCUUCAGUUACAUUGUUCAAGGGAAAAUACUGUAUGAAGUUGUGCUAAAACAAAAUUCUGGGUGACAAAUGAAAUAGGAGCUCCGCUGUGAAACAAACAUUGCAAUGCGAACAGACAGCGCAGAGCAGCAUUUGUUAGAAAACUCAGAUCAGUGGCGUGGCAGCACUGCCUGGGUUUGAGAUGCACAAAUACCAGUGCUCGCUUAAAUGGGGUAACGAUGCUUUAAAAAAAAAGAAAGGCAAAAUUUCCAGUGUGCAUGGCAAGAAAUGUAGAUAGGGCCUUAUUUUAUUAAAAUUAGGAAAUUAAAAAAAAAUUCAUACAGGGAAAAGUCUUCACAUGAUAUUACCUGAACUCAAAGAAUAACCCUGUUUUAUCUUCUGGCUUCAGUUAGUGAGAUUUACGUAAUCCCGUGUCUAGAUUCUCUAGUGUGGAGAUCGUGUACAGUGGUAAAUGUAGCCGACUAGGCGGGGAAAAGAAAGCGUCUUCAAAACUAGCUGCAUCCACUUCUGAGUUGUAACUGAAUAAAUAAGUCUGGCAAAAAUAGAUGAUAGAGAAAGGAGACUAAAAAUUAGGGCAGAACCCAUGGACUCAUAAAGAAAAGAGACUCUUAAGAGAAUGUCCACCCCAACUUCCCACUUCUGCUCUGGUUUCACUUGAUCCCCCGUGAACUUGCUUGCUCGCUCCUGAGUGUGUCCACACAAACCUACCCAUGGGGCAGACACGGGCAUCUGCAUAAGAACCCGCAAGGGAUUGCAGGCCUGAAGCAAGUUAAGAAAAGUACUGGGUCUACUCUGCGCGUGCCAAGAUCUUUUUCAGAAAGCAAGUCCCCAGUGAAAUGAGAACAGUAAGAGUGCUGUUUCCCCUCCCCCUCCCCCUCCCGUGUUUAAUGGAAAUGGACUCUUCGAACUUCUCCAACCCUCCUCGGGAAGGACAGUCUCUUAUUCUGUGAUUUGGUCAUCUUCUUUUGUUCAUGUUGCGUACAUAUUUCUCUUCGCAACUGAUUAUGUUAAUUGGCUUUGGAGUUACUGUCUUUGUCAACAAGUCAGCCUGGUGUUCAUCACCCAUUUCUUUCUUUUCUUGGGUGUAGGAAAUUGUACCGGUUCACGAACGGCGCUAGAGACCAAUUUUUUUUCAUUAUCAUGCAGACAUUUUAGCUCCUUAGAGCUGUGUCUCUGUUUUGUCUUUGCUUUAUGUUACACAACGAAAAGUUCCCCUUAGGUGGGUCUCCAAGAAAAUAUGAAUAGGAACAGCCUGUCCUAAAAGGAGUGUUCCAAAACUCUUCCAGUUUUUUAGUAAUUUUUAAAAAAUCUUUUUAAAAAAAAUUUUAAGUUUUAAAAAAUGUUGGAGCUAAAAAAAAUAGUAAUAAAAAAUAAAUUAAAAAAAUAUUGGAACUAAGUAAUUAAGGAAAAGUGGAAAUACAGUAAAGGCUAUGUAGCCAGCAUUUAUUAUGCUAGAUACCAUUCUAAGCUUUUUAGCUGGAUUAUUUCAUUUAUAAUAUUGUUAAUACAAAACUUUAACCAAAAAAAAAAAAAAAAAGAUUCUAAAGACCUGAGACGCAAAGAAGCUUAGCAACUUGGUCAAGAUCACACAGCUAGUAGGUAGCACGUUUAGACCUUGGUCAUCUGACUCUAGACUGCUGAAUUUCCCUAAAAUAUGAACGGCAGAAAAACAAAUACUGUAUCCCUGGUAAAAGUUGAAAAAUACUUCUAUUAAAUAUGUGUAAGCGUGCUUAUGAAGGAUUCGGACCACUGGAAUUAGUUUUAGGAUGACUUUUCUGUCUGUCUUAAUAUACUUUUACUGAUAUAAAAACAAAUGCCAUAUAUAAUCCCUAGUUGAAUAAUCCUUUGUAUUUUAAGCAGCAAGAUAACUUUGUAAGCAUUAUAAAAUUAUGAAAUUGUGCAACAGUUGAUAUUAUCAUAAACUUUGGCCAGUUUUUUUAAUAUAAGUAGUCAUUAUUUGUAACAUCAUAUUUGUGAUGUUAUUUUUUUCUCCAGUAACUAUAAGAUUUCAAUCUAUAUAAUUUUAAAAGGCUGUAGAUAAUCUAAGUUUUCAAAUACCAAUAAACUUCCACAUUAAUGACAGGAAAAAUUUGGCAAGUAACAUUUCUGACUUACUUUACGAUUCUUCAAAGACAGUAACUAAUUGUUAGAUGGUAUGUCUGGUUUGUGAGUUCUGAGUGGGAAGGGUUUGAUCUUUAAUUUGAUGUUCAACUUGUAAUGUUGUUUCCCAGUAUUGGUUGAUAAGUGGAUUUUGUAAGACAACCAGAUCCUCGCCUAAGAAAUAGAAAUGUAAUUCAAGGAAUCUUUUCUAUAAUUUUAAUAUCCUUUAAAACUUUUCUUUUACUAUGCUCUAGAAGAAUGAUGAACUAAUAGUUUAAAAAUCAACAUUAAAUAUAAAAGAAGUGAUGGGGCACCUGGGUGGCUCAGUUGGUUGAGUGUCCAACUCUUGAUUUCAGCUCAGGUCGUGAUCUCAGGGUCAUGGGAUCAAGCCUCGCAUAGAGCUCCAUGCUGAGUUUGGAGCCUGCUUUGUACACUCGGGAUUCUCUCUCCCCCUCUCUCUGCUCUCCUACCCCACUUGCACUC